AUGCUGUUUUCCAAGAGCAUAAUUGUCGUUGCGUCGAUCGCAACAGCAGUUGUCGCUGCUCCAUACCAGAAGCGGUGCAAGCGGGACCCAGCAGUUGCCAUCACACUACCAAGCACAGGGUCAACUGACCUCCCUGUUCCUGACGCAAAUCUCACGCUGAGAUAUCUUGCUGUUGGCCAUGGCAUUCAGAACUACACCUGUGCAACUGCGAACGCAACACCAGUGGCCACUGGCGCCCUGGCCGUCCUCUACGACGUAACGCCGCUCUACCCUGGCACGCCCAACACCGGUUUGACCGCCGAUGUCUUCAACAAGCUCUCCUCUACCGUGCUCUGGGAGCAAGCCAUCCCCCUCAACCUGAUCAACCCAGCCGCCGGCAUUCCCACAAACAGCGCCAGCACCACAAACCCCUUGGCCGAGACAGCGUACCAAGCUGACGCGAGCAACCCGUUCCCUAAUCCCAUCCCUGACCUUGCCCUAGAUGGCCAGGGGAUCAAUGCCAAAUACCUGGGCGUUCACUACUUCGAUGCCAAGUCCAGCCCCACCUUUGACCUCGCCGGUGGUGCGGAACCGGCCGGUCUGUUCUUCAGCGGCGCGAAGACCGGAGUUGUCAAGGCUCCCACGGACGCGGACAAGGGUGUUCUGAACACCGGUGCCGUGGACUGGCUUCAACUAGGAGACAACGGGCGCGGCCUGAGCAAGAACGUGGCCGGUGUGUACCGUGUGGUCACGGCGGGUGGCGUGGCCGAGGCAUGCUCGGUGAGCGGUGCGAGCAACGCAGGCGAGGCCUUCAGCGUACCAUACACCGCUCAGUACUGGUUCUAUGGCGCCUGA